AUGUCUGACGAAAUCGUAUGGCAAAUCAUAAACCAACAGUUUUGUGCCUUCAAGCUCAAAACUACAAAAGGCCAAAACUUCUGCAGAAAUGAGUACUCCGUCAGUGGUCUGUGCAAUCGCCAGAGCUGCCCGCUCGCCAACAGUCGAUAUGCGACAGUGAGGCAGUCCCCUAAGGGGACAAUCUACCUUUACAUUAAGACUAUCGAACGGUCGCACAUGCCCUCCAAAUGGUGGGAAAAGAUCAAGCUCUCGCAAAACUACCAAAAGGCUCUCGAGCAGAUCGACCAGCGUCUCCAAUUCUUCCCCAAGUUCCUUAUCCACAAGUGCAAGCAACGCCUCACCCGACUCGUACAAGUCGCGAUCCGGAUGCGCAGGAUAGCCGCGGAGGAGGCCAGAUUAGGCGAGAAGCUUGUGCCCAAAAUGGCGCCCAAGAUCAAGAAGCGCGAGGAAGCCAGAGAGCGCAAGGCUCUGGCAGCGGCCAAGCUGGAGCGGACGAUCGAGCGCGAACUUCUUGACCGCCUGCGGCAAGGUGCGUACGGUGACCAGCCGCUUAACUGCAACCCGCAGAUCUGGAAGAAGGUGCUUAAUGCGCUUGAGGCGGAGGGCGAGGGUGUGCGGGAUAAGGAUCAUGAUAAGGGCAUCGAGGCCGAUGAGGAGGGUCUGGAGUCGGCAGAGGAGAGCGAGGUUGAGUAUGAGCGCGAGGAGGAGAAUGAGGAGGAUAAUGUGGUCGAGUACGUGUCGGACUUUGAGGAGAGCGAGGAUGAGCUCGGCGAUCUCGAGGACUGGCUGGGAAGUGAUGAUGAGGAGUUUGACGACGAGGAUGACGACGAUGAAGAUGAUGACGAUGAGGACGAUGAUGAGAGUGAGGAGGAUGAUGAGGAGGAGCUUAAGAAGAAGAAGGCGGGAGACAAGCGGAAGAGAGGCAAGGCUGUCAAGCCGAAGGCGCGGAAGAGAAAGGAACUGGAGAUUGAGAGGGAGGAGGCAGAUCGGGCCAAACUGCUGGCUUUCUAA